UGACAAUGAUGAUGAUCAUCAUUCAAAAGCAUUGAAAAGAAAGAAAGAAAAAUCACAAAAAUAAUAACUGUACAUAUUUUUUUUCCUUUCAAAAAAGAGUAAAAAAUGAAUGAUUUAUUCUCAAAUUCGUUCAAGAGGAACCAGGCUCAGUUCGGGGAUGUUGAAGCAGGUCAAGAAACGAUGAACCUCGACAAGUUUUUCGAGGACGUCGAGAAUGUGAAAGAUGACAUGAAAGGAGUCGAGACUCUUUACAAGAAGCUUCAGGACUCGAACGAAGAGUGCAAGACGGUGCACAAUGCCAAGAAGGUUAAGGAGCUACGAGCUAAGAUGGACGCUGACGUAGGUCAGGUCCUUAAGAGAGUCAAAAUCAUUAAGCAGAAGCUAGAAGCCUUAGAGAAAGCCAACGCUAAUAGCCGUAAUGUCCCGGGUUGUGGACCCGGUUCAUCUACGGAUAGGACUCGGUCCUCGGUGGUUAGUGGUCUUGGGAAGAAGCUCAAGGACUUGAUGGAUAGUUUCCAAAGCCUACGUGCACGGAUGAAUGAUGAGUAUAAAGAAACCGUAGAGCGCAGGUAUUUCACAAUAACAGGAGAACAAGCAGACGAGCAAACAAUAGAUAACUUGAUUGCAAGCGGUGAGAGUGAAAACUUUCUCCAAAAAGCGAUUCAAGAGCAAGGAAGAGGUCAAAUCAUGGACACUAUAUCUGAGAUCCAAGAAAGACAUGAUGCUGUGAAGGAGAUUGAGAAGAAUUUACUUGAGUUGCACCAGGUUUUCUUGGACAUGGCGGCUCUAGUGGAAGCGCAAGGGCAACAGCUGAACAAUAUAGAGAGUCAUGUGGCUAAGGCGAGCUCGUUUGUAAGAAGAGGGACUGAUCAACUCCAAGACGCGAGGGAGUACCAAAAGAGCUCGAGAAAAUGGACUUGUUACGCUAUUAUUCUCUUCAUCGUUGUGUUUAUCCUCCUCCUUAUUCCUGCUCUUCCCCAUAUUAUGCUCAUGUUGAAAUGAAAUUUCUAGAGGAUAUGAUUUUGUAGAAAAAGUUUUGAAACACUGGAUCGUUAUUACUUUUAUGACAUCCUGAAUUUUUCUAUAUAUUAUCUCCAUCUUUAGUUAUGUAUCUUACCUAUGAGGAUGGUUCUAGGUAUUUCAUAUAUGCAAGAAUAUAUAUAUUUAGCUUAUAUUUAUUAUCCCCACGAGCAACAACUUCGAGGUGAAGACU